AUGUCAGUCCGAAACUCGACCAAGACAAAGGAAUGGCAUGUGCCUACGGGAUCAUCGUGGAUUUCGUCUUCUAAACAGCGUUCAACAAGCAAGAAACGUCAAGCAUACGACGCGGCCAACGUCGGUCUGGAUGUAGUGGCCAACAUAUCCGAGGGAUCAGAUGUACUCGCUCCCCUCAAGGCAGCUUGUCGAACCACCAAGUCGAUUCUCGAAGUUGCAACAGAGAGUAAUCAAGAGGAAUGGAUUGAUCUAGCCGGACGUUUGAAGGAAUACAUGUCCGCGCUCGAGAAACAAAUCACCCUAUUGGAGGCAUAUCCUGAGGAAGACAUCGCCGUCGACGAGGCAUUCACUCAGCCGCUGAUCCACUAUGUCAAAUUUCUCGAAAACACGCACGAUACAAUCGUCGACCUGAAGGAGAAGCCCAACCGCAGCAAACUCAGCUUCUUUAAAGCGUUCAGUAAAAUGAAAAUUGACGCAGAAGAGAUUCUCAAACUCAAUCGAGACAUCGAGGACCGGCAUAGACAGUUCAUGGAUGCCUUGGGACUUUUUACAGCCUUACGUAUGCAAAACGUCGAGAGGAAUACUAAAGUCACCAAAGGGAACGUGGAGACCAUUCUUACAGACGUCGACGCAAAUGCUAUACUACAGCUACCGCAAGUAGCUUUCGUCGCAUCCUCAGUCCACAGAACCUGUCUGACAGGAACACGCGAGGCUGUUCUUCAGACUAUUUACCGCUGGGCUAACGAUGAUGCGUCGGACAAGCCGAUAUUUUGGCUGUGUGAUAUCGCCGGCUCUGGAAAGUCUACAGUCGCCAUGUCUGCAGCAGAGUCUUGGAGGAAGGAAGGAGUGCUAGGAGGCCAAUUCUUCUUCUCUAUUGCAAGCAACGAUGGAUCUACCACGGACAAGUUCUGCUCUACAAUAGCAAGAGACCUGGUUGACUACAUACCUAUGCUUGCGCCACACAUCGCCGGAGCUGUGAAGCGACAUCCAUCGCUCAUGCGAAGCUCUCUUGAAGAACAGUUCCAGAAGCUCGUCAUCGAUUCCAUCCAUCAUAGUCAAGGACGCGUCAUUCUCGUCAUCGACGCUCUUGACGAAUGUAAAUUUGGAUCACAGAGAAGAGAGCUUGUCGAAAUUCUUUCUACAGCUGUUCAAGGAACAAAUAAACUCAAGAUAUUCAUGACGAGUCGACCAGACCCUGUGACCCAAGCAGUCUUGGGGCCACUUUCAAUCAAGUCCAAGGUGGAGGAUCGCCUACACGAUGUCCAUCAUCGUGAUAACAUCAAUGAUAUUGCGAAGUACAUACACAAGGAGCUAAACGACGUACUACCGGAGGCCAAGAGGCUGAGAUUGGUUGAGAAAGCCAAUGGAUUAUUCAUUUGGGCAAGCACCGCAUGUCGAAUGCUCAAUAGCGAGACUACAUUAGACUUGCCCGAAAGCAUCUAUGAUCGCCUGAUCUCAGUGGACCAGACUGGAGAGAUAGACGACGUUUAUAAGCUCGUUUUCGAGCGUGUGGACCCGAGAUCCUAUCCAGCUAUGUCCAACAUACUCGCUUUGCUGCUUGCAGCAUUCGAGCCACUCAGUAUCGAUGAUGUGGACAACAUCUUCAAGAAUCUUGGGCUCAAGUGGAGUUCCAGGGCACUAGUAGAGAACCUAGGAAGUGUGCUCAGUGUAGACCCAAGUACAAGCUUGAUCCAAUUCCGCCAUCCUACCCUCGUCGAAUACCUUCGACGGUGUUCCCUCGCCUCAGCUCCCGACAAACCCAACACACUCCAUCUCGACGUGACUAAGGCGCAUGGUCAGGCCGCAUCAUGGUGUCUCAAACGACUCAUGUCGCGGACUGAUGGUCUCAAGUUUAAUAUAUGUCAACUUGAGUCAUCUUUCUAUCUAAAUAGAGAGGUUCCAAAGCUCGAUGCUAGAGUAUCGAGUUUCAUUUCAAGACAACUUCGAUAUGCCAGCUCUCAUUGGUUGUUCCACGCGGCAGAAACCGAUGACGAUUGGCGAUCCAUGAUCAAGAAGGAAGUCCAACAGAUUAUUCAAGUUCCACACGUGCUAUACUGGAUGGAGGUUAUGAGCUUCACCGGAGGAGUGCCACGAGCAAUAGCUGGUCUUCGAGCUAUUAGAGGCCACGCAGGAUCUGCAACAUGGGAUCAAGCUAGCGUGGACCAGAUCCGGCGGUUUAUGAUGACAUUUUCGGUACCGAUCCAAGAGAGCGCUCCACAUAUUUACAUUUCUGCAUUACCAUUUGCCCCUACAAAGUCCAUAUUGCAUAUCGAGGGGGCAAAAAGAUAUAGAAACCUUCUUCGCGUAGCAGAAGGGCUCGAGGAGAUGUAUUCUGGGCUCCCAAGUAGUCUUCGAGGUCAUGAAGGCAUGGUCACCGCUGUUGGAUUCUCGCCAGACGGCUCACAGAUUGUGUCUGGCUCGUCCGACAAGACAAUUCGAUUGUGGGAAGCGGCAACUGGUCAGGCUGUGGGAGAGCCACUCCGAGGUCAUGAAUGGUGGGUCAUGGCCGUCGGAUUCUCGCCAGACGGCUCACAUAUUGUGUCUGGCUCGUCCGACAACACAAUUCGAUUGUGGGACGCGGUAACUGGUCAGGCUGUGGGAGAGCCACUCCGAGGUCAUGAAUCCGUGGUCACGGCCAUUGGAUUCUCGCCAGACGGCUCACAGAUUACAAUUCGAUUGUGGGACGUGGCAACUGGUCAGGCUGUGGGAGAGCCACUCCGAGGUCAUGAAUCCGGGGUCAGGGCCGUCGGAUUCUCGCCAGACGGCUCACAGAUUGUGUCUGGCUCGGACGACAAGACAAUUCGAUUGUGGGACGCGGAAACUGGUCAGGCUGUGGGAGAGCCACUACGAGGUCAUGAAGGUUGGAUCAACGCCGUCGGAUUCUCGCCAGACGGCUCACAGAUUGUGUCUGGCUCGGACGACAAGACAAUUCGAUUGUGGGACGCGGCAACUGGUCAGGCUGUGGGAGAGCCACUCCGAGGUCAUGAAUCCGGAGUCAGUGCCGUCGGAUUCUCGCCAGACGGCACACAGAUUGUGUCUGGCUCGUACGACAAGACAGUUCGAUUGUGGGACGCGGCAACUGGUCAGGCUGUGGGAGAGCCACUCCGAGGUCAUGAAGACGUGGUCGCGGCCGUCGGAUUCUCGCCAGACGGCUCACAGAUUGUGUCUGGCUCGUACGACAAGACAAUUCGGUUGUGGAACGCGGCAACUGGUCAGGCUGUGGGAGAGCCACUCCGAAGUCAUGAAGGUUGGAUCAACGCCGUCGGAUUCUCACCAGACGGCUCACAGAUUGUGUCUGGCUCGUACGACAAGACAAUUCGAUUGUGGGACGCGGCAACUGGUCAGGCUGUGGGAGAGCCACUCCGAGGUCAUGAAGACGCGGUCACGGCCGUCGGAUUCUCGCCAGACGGCUCACAGAUUGUGUCUGGCUCGUACGACAAGACAAUUCGAUUGUGGGACGCGGCAACUGGUCAGGCUGUGGGAGAGCCACUCCGAGGUCAUGAAUCCGGGGUCACAGCCGUCGGAUUCUCGCCAGACGGCUCACAUAUUGUGUCUGGCUCGUACGACAAGACAAUUCAAUUGUGGGACGCGGCAACUGGUCAGGCGGUGGGAGAGCCAUUCCGAGGUCAUGAAGAUUGGGUCACGGCCGUCGGAUUCUCGCCAGACGGCUCACAGAUUGUGUCUGGCUCGGACGACAAGACACUUCGAUUGUGGGACGCGGCAACUGGUCAGGCUGUGGGAGAGCCACUCCGAGGUCAUGAAUCCGGAGUCAGGGCCGUCGGAUUCUCGCCAGACGGCUCACAGAUUGUGUCUGGCUCGUCCGACAACACAAUUCGAUUGUGGGACGCGGUAACUGGUCAGGCUGUGGGAAAGCCACUCCGAGGUCAUGAAGGUUGGAUCAACGCCGUCGGAUUCUCACCAGACGGCUCACAGAUUGUGUCUGGCUCGUACGACAAGACAAUUCGAUUGUGGGACGCGGCAACUGGUCAGGCUGUGGGAGAGCCACUCCGAGGUCAUGAAUCCGGGGUCACGGCUGUCGGAUUCUCGCCAGACGGCACACAGAUUGUGUCUGGCUCGGAAGACAAGACAAUUCGAUUUUGGGACGCGGAAACUCGUCAGGCUGUGGGAGAGCCACUCCGAGGUCCUGAAGGUUGGGUCAACGCCAUCGGAUUCUCGCCAGACGGCCCACAGAUUGUUUCUGGCUCAUAUGGCAACACGACCCGAUUAUGGAAUACAGAAACUGGUGCAAAAGCGAGUACCUUCGACCAGGAUGAUACAGAGUUUGUAUAUUCAGAUCUUAGCAAAGAUCUACAGGGCACUCCGCCUAGAAUCAUUGUGCCUGGUUUCAACCAGUGCUCACUUUCUCUCGAUGGCUGGGUGCAUUCUUCCGGCAAACGUCUCUUCUGGGUACCUCCAGACAAUCGACGGGGACUAAAGUAUCCGUACCGCCUGACAAUUCCGACCAGCGCUCCAUUCCGUGUGACGAAACUUGAUUUCACUAAUUUCCAAUGUGGCUCCUCUUGGACAAAGGUUCGAACAGAUGUCCAGUAG